AUGAAGCUGGGAGCCUUCCUUCUCAUGGUGUCCCUCAUCGCCUUCAGCCUGGAGGUGCAGGAGCUUCAGGCCGCAGUGAGACCACUGCAACUUUUAGGCACCUGCGCUGAGCUCUGCAGAGGUGACUGGGACUGUGGCGAAGGGGAGCAAUGUGUCAGCACUGGGUGCAGUAACAUCUGUACUACAAGUUAG